ACAUCCGUGCGGUGAGCGAGCGCGAGCGAGCCGCUUUGGCACUACCCUUCCAAGAACUGUGACAAGGGCCGCGCAAUGGCAGCCAGCCACUUAGUAUACAUCAUGCAUAGUAAGUUAUUUCGCUAGACCAGCUGGCGCCCCCUGCAGCCCCAAGGCCGGGCCAGGCCGGGCAAGAGUCUGCUAUGCAAGACGCAGCAGAAGGAGGCGGCAUCCCAGGAGCUCGCCAACAUGAAUGGCGCAAUGAAGACUACCUUUGGGACGGUGUAACACUAACAGCGUCAAGAAGGCCAUUAAAUGAGCAAGACGGCACGCCAUUGGACGUCAAUGGUUAUGCCGAAUUCUUGGGGGAGGAAAUCCCUCAAUUGAUGAGCAGACCGCCCGUUGGCGCGCUUAGCAAAGCUCAGCGACUCAGCUGCCAGAUCCAAGGAUGCGGUCGCAGCUUGCAAAACAGCAAGCUUUACUAUCAGCGCUUCAAGCUGUGCGAGGACCACCUGAAGCGACCCGCCAUCUCCAUCGACGGCGUUCUGAGCCGGCUGUGCCAGCAGUGCGGCCGCUUCCACGAGCUGGCCGCAUUCGAGGGCAAGAAGCGCACCUGCAAGGCACAGCUGGACCGCAUCCGCCACGCCAAGGCCAAGCGGCGGGCGGGCGGCCCCGGCACGGGCACUGGCACGGGUGACAACAGCUCCGACAGCCCCGAGCGCGACCCGGGCCCCCACGGCGACCCGGGCUCGUACGGCGGCGGCCCCGGCGGCGGCGGCGGCGGCGGCGGCGGCGGCGGCAGCCUGGGCACGGGGUCCGGCCCCACCACCACAGGCACCGGCGGCACCGGCGGCACCGGACACCAGGUCGUCAGCGGCAGCAGCAGCGCCAGCGCCGAUAACGACAACACCGCAGCGGCGGCGGCGGCGGCGGCGGCGGCGGCGGCGGCGGCGGCGGCGGGCGGGGCGCGGAAGGGCCGCAAGCCGGCCGGCAAGGCGGCGGCGGCGGCGGCGGUCGUGUCGGGUGGCGGUAAGGCCCUGCUGGUCGCCCGGGACAAGGCGGUGUUGCGCAAGGGUGCUGGGGGCUGGGGCCGCGGUGGUCGUGGCGACACAAGCGACACGGAGGAGGGCGACGACCAGCGGCCGGGCGAGCGUGGGGCGCGCAGCGGCGGCGGCGGCGGCGGCGGUGACGGCGACGGUGACGUGGACAUGUUGCCGGCGGCCCACGAGGCCGAGGUGGCGGCGCAGCAGCACCAGCGCCAGCAGCAGCAGCCGCAACAGCCGCUGCUGCCUGGCGCGGUAGGUCUGGCAGGUAACAUGGCGGGUGUGAGCCUAGCCGCAGGGCUGGGGCCAGCGGGGUCAGUGGGGCCGUUGGGGCCGUUGGGACUGGGACUGCACGGCCCCCUGGACCCAGUGGUGGCAAUCCCCGAGGAGCUCCUGCCACACCAACACCACCACCAACAGCAACAGCAGCAACAGCAGCAACAACAGCAGCAACAGCAGGGCCUGCUGAUGCCAGGCCCCACCCCCGGGCCCGGCCCCGGCCAGCGGCACCUGGCGGUGGCCAGCAACAGCCUCCCGCCGCCGCCACUGCCGCAGCUUGGCAGUGGCGGCGGCGGCGGCGGCGGCAGUGGCGGCUACAGCCCCGAAGGCGGCGGCGGCGGCGGCGGCGGUGGCGGUGUCCAUGCGCCGCCACAGCCGCUGCAGCAGGCGGGCUCGGGCUCCCUACACGGCAUGCGCCAGCCCUCGCCCCCCGAGUACUCGCCACACCCGCAGAUGCAGCAGGCGCAGAUGCAGCCGCAGCAGGGCUAUCACCAGCAACAGCACCCGCACCCGCACCCGCACGCCAACGCCUUGCACACCCAGCACCAGCAGAUGCUGAUGCAGGGGCGUGGUGGCGGUGGCGGUGGCGGACGUGGGUGUGCCAGCGGGGGCAGUGUGGGGCCGCAGCCAGGGCACGUGGGCGGCGGCGGCGGCGGCCAUGGACCCUCCCUGUUCGGCGUGACAGACCGCGGCGGCGUAAGCAGCGGCGGCGGCAUCCAACACCAACAACAGCAAUACCAACAGCAGCAGCAGCAGCAGCACCCAAAUCAAUACCAGCAGCAGCAGCUGGCGGGUGGCUACCAGGGCGGCCACGGCGGCGCCAGCCCAGACGACAGCGCCGGCCGCGUCAGCAGCCCCAGCGGCAGUGGCGGCGCCGCGGCCGGCGGCGGCGGCGGCGGUGGCAUGAUGGGCUCACAGCUGUCGUCACACGUGGGCAACGCUACGGCAGCCGGCGGUUGGGCGCGGCCAGCGGGCGGGCCCGGGUACGGCGACACGCAGUACGGCAUUAGUAACGAUAACCGCGGCUGGGGCUCGUCUGGUCGCGAUACGGCCGGGGCGCAGCAAUUGCUCAACCGGCGUGCUGGCGGUAGCGAUGGCACGAUGUCGGGUGUUCAGCAGCAGCACCCGCAGCAGCAGCAGCUGGGGGACAGCGGCCGCGGCGGCAGUGGUAUGCCGGGUCCUGGGGGCCUGGGCGGUGGCGGCGGCGGCGGUUCGGAGCCCUGGCACGCACGCGGCAGUGCCAGUUCCCUUCCCGUGAUGGGCGGCCUUGGAGGAGGCGGUGCCGGCUGGGGCGGGGGCAGCGCGUUUGCUGGCGGCAUGGGCGGCGACGGCGGGGGCUUGGGCAUGGGCAUGGGCGGUGCGGGCCGGGGGCCGCAAGGCCUGGCGGGGCUUGGAGGGGGCGCGGCAGCAAACGGCAGUCCGGCCUUGCUGCGUGCCGUGCAAAGCACGCCCUUGUGGGCAGACUACCCGGGUCUCGCGGCGCUGAGGGGCGCAGGCGUGGGCGGGAUGGGCGGCGGUGGCGGUGGCGGUGGCGGCCUGUGCGGGAGCGGCAGUGGAGGACUGUACGGCGGCGGGCGGCAUCAGCAUCAGCAUCAGCAGCUGGGUGGCGGUGGCGGCGGCGGCGGCGGUGGCGGCGGCGGUGGCAGCGGUGGAAGCUUCGGGCGCCCUCCACUGGGCGGGCUGGGCGGCCGCGGCGGCGACCCCGAUGUGGAGAUCGACUCCAUUUUUGACGACCUGGCCGCUCCCUCCCCGUCACUCCUGCACGGCGGCCUUGGCGGCGGCGGCGGCGCCGCCGCCGGUGCGGCGGCGGCCCCGGGCUUUCCUCGCCUGAGUCACCAGCCCGCCGGCUACCCCCCGCAGCAGCAGCAACAGCAGCAGCAGCCGCAGGGAGUGCCGCAUCGGUUGUACGCAGCAGCUGGCGGCGCCAACGCGGGUGGCCGCCUGUCGACGUCGGCGGCGGGCUCACCUGACGCGCCGCCGGGCGGCUCUCCACAGGUGGCGGCGGCGGUGCAGCAGGGCCCGCCCAGAGGCCGGCGGCUGUACGAGGCCGCCGGCGGCGGCGGCGACGGCGACGUCGCCGACGGCAUUACCGCCGCGGCGGCGGAGCUGCUGGGCGCAAGCGUUGGGCACCACCGCAACGGCGGCGGCGGCGGCGGCGGCGCCACCACCGCCGCCGCGGCGCUGGCGGCGCGGCUGGAUGCCCUGAGCGGCAGCAGCAGUGGCAACAGCCUGCUUGAGACACUCAAGAUGCUGAGUAAGAGCAGCAGCGCCGGCAGCGCGGGCGACGGUAACGAUCUUAUGGGAUUGUACGACGCAAUGAUGACUCAAGGCUUCUUUGGCGCUGACGCCCCGGCGGCGGCGGCGGCGCAGUCCGGCGCGCCGUUGGGUCCCGGCAGCGCCGCCGCGGUGUGCGGCCACCUGCGGGCGGCGGCUGGGAUCGCAGGCGAGGGCAGCGGGGGCCUGCUGCCCACACCGCCGCUGCUGGGGGGGCAGCAGCAGCAGCAGGGCGGGGGCCUGCCGCCACACUUGCAACACCAGCAGUCGUUCAACAUUCCCGGCCAGGGGUCCUUGCUUGGUGCCAUGGACGCAGGCGGCGGUGGCGGCGGCGGCGGCGGCGGCGGCAUGGGCCUGAACCAACACCAGCAACAACAGCAGUACCAGCAGCAGCACUACAACCAGCAGCAAUACCAUCAGAACCAGAACCAUACGCAGCGGCAGCAGCAGCAACAGAACCAAAGUCGGCAGUACUCGCCCAUGCACGCCGGAAGCUUCCAGGCCUCAAUGGCCGCCGGAGGCGGCGGCGGCGGCGGCGGCUGGGGCACAGCGCCCGGCGGCGGCGGCGGUAUGUCGCUGAGUGGCGGCAGCGGCGGCGGCGGUCCCGCCUAUGUGUCGCGCGACAGCCUGAGCCGCCUGACGCUCAAGCUGAUGAACUGCCUGCCGGAGGACCUGCCGCCGCUGCUGCGAGCCAACAUGCAGCGCUGGGCGGCGGGCGGCGGCGGCGCCAGUGCUGAGGUGCUGCAGGCCUGCAUGCGGCCGGGCUGCCUGGAGCUGGUGGUGGACGUGGUGCACAGCGCCCCCCCGCACGAGUUCGCGGCGGGACUGCUCAUGCUGGGCCGCGCGGAUGCGGCGGCGCGGGGGCUGCGGCGCGCAGUGGGGCCGCGCCUGGCCGACGACAACGAGCUGGUAUUGGAGCUGGAAGGUCUGGUGCUGUCCGUACCGCCCGGCUGGUACAUGCCCGGAGGGGCAGCAGGAGCAGGAGUGCCGGAGGCGGCGGCGGCGCCUGGCGAGAAGGAUCAGCAGCAGCAGCAGCAGCAGCAGCAGCGGGAGGAGGGCAAGGCUGUCACGGCCACCGGCGCUGCCUCUGCGGCUGUGCCGGGCCCGGUCAUCCGUACCUGGCGGGAGGCGGCGGAGCGGUAUGAGCGCCAGGACGCCCAGGGGGAGGAGGGGGAGGAGGACGCCGGCGGCAGCAAGUGGCCGUGUGUGCGGCCCACCAUCCUGGCGUGCUCACUGGCGGCGGCGCGGUGCGCCCCGCUGCUGGCGCUCACGGUGUGCGGCAUGGGUCUGGACCACCCCUCCGUCACCCUGUGCGCGCGCAUGGGAGGCCAGGUGGUGCCGGCAGCCGCCGCCCAGCUGCCGCCGCCACGGCCGCCGCCGCCGCCGCCGCCGCCGCCGCCAGUGCGCGACCAGGACCAGGGCCAGGACCAGGGCCCAGCCGGGGCCUCGGAGCCCGGAGCCCCCAGCCUGCAACAGCCUGGCACGGCCGCUGCGGCGGCGACUGCUACAGCCUCCACGGGCGACCACAGCAACCAGGGCAGUAGCGGCAGUAGCAGCGGCGGCGGUGUGAGCGGCUGGUCGCGGCUGUCUGUUCAGGUGGCGCCGCCGCGGCGUGAGGGGCUGCUGGUGCUGGAGGCGCGGCGGGGCCGGCUGCUGGGGCCCUGGUGGCCUGUGCUGGUGGUGGCGGACGGGGCAGUGGCGGCGGAGUUGAACCACCUCAGCCUCACAGUGCAGGGCGAGGAGGAGGCGGCGGCGGCGGUUGGUGGUGGCGGCGGCGGCGGCCUCGCCCUGCCGGACUGGCUGCGCUGCUUCCUGGUGGACCUGGGCCAGCUGCUGGACUGGGUGGGGUGGACCGGGCUGGAGGAGGCGCCCGAGGCAGCCUUCCCGCAGCCCCUGGCCGCGCCGCACAGCACAAGCACAAGCACUGGUGCCGGCUCCGCCGCCCCCUCCACCGCCUCCGCCCGCACCUGGGGCAGCGGCACCGACAGCCUGACCGCCUCCGCCUCGGUCAGCAACAGCAUCAGCAACAGCAACAGCUGCAGCGGCAGUGGCAGCGCGGCGGCGGAGGCGGCGGGCAUGGCCGCAGCGGCGGCGGCCCUGGCGGCAGGCUUCAGCGCCGCCGCCUCCGCUGCCGCCACCAGCAGUACCGACGCGCCGUACCGCAUCCUGCCCUCCGCCGUGUCGCUUUUCAACCGCCGCCGCCGCAGCAUCAUCCCCAGUGCCGUACUGGCGGCGGAGGCGGCCGCCGCCGCCGCCACGUCGCGCACGCUGACGCCAACUGGCAUCGUCGCUGCCAUGGCCGCCGCCGACGCCGCCAGCGGCGGCGGCAGCCACGGCGGGGGCGGCGGUUACAGCGUCGGAUCGUCUUCCGCCGCCGCGUCUUCCGUCGCCGCGUCUUCCGUCGCCGCCUGCACUGACAGCAGCUGGGCGCCGUCCUAUUCAGGCUCUCACUCCCGCUCAAACGCCGCCUCGGGAGUGCCCAUUGGCGGCGGCGCCGCAACUGAGGUGUUGAUGGCGGGCCGCGGCAGUGGCGGCGGCGGCAGCGGUGGCGGCUGCGAGCUGUACGACUGCCGGGUGGUGGCGGCGCUGCGCGAUGCGGAGGCCAGUCUGGAGCGGCGGCUGUCGUACAAGGCGUGUCGGCUGCUGGCGUUCUGCGUGCUGCGCGGCCUGCUGGCCACCUCCAACCUGCUGUGGGGCGUGCUGACGCUGCAGGGCCAGGCGCUGGCGGCGGUGCUGGACAACGCGCUGCACGAGGGCGAGGGACUGCUCAUGUGCGCGGUGCGCUCCCGCUGCCGCCACAUGCUGGCCUCCGUGCUCCGCCGCGGCGCCGUGCCCAUGUCCGGCCCCGCGCCCUGGGUCACACGCGACCUCUCCCGCGUAGGCCCCACCGGCCUCUCGCCGCUGCACCUGGCGGCCUCCCUGCCCGGCGGCGCCCCGCUGGCCCAGGCGCUGCUGGAGCUUGUGCCCACAGCCGCGCCGCUAUGGUUCGGCCUGAGGGGGGCCGGCGGCGUCACGCCGUCCGAGCUGGCCACGCGCACGCACGGCGCCGGCGGCGUGGGCGGCGCGCUGAACGCGCUGGCGGCGCACCUGGUGCUGCUGGCGGCCGGGCCGGGCGUGAACAUCCCGCUGCUGCCGCGCGCGCCUGGGCACUGCGGCGCCGGCGCCUCGCCCUACACGCCCUACUCCGCCAUCGCGCACGGCGGCGGCGGCGGCGGCAGCCUGGCCGUCAGCUCAGCGGUGGCGUCAGAUGCCGCCAUCACCGCCGCCGCGGCGGCGGCGGCGGCAGCGGCGGCGGCGGCAGCGGCGGCGGCGGGCGACGGCUCCGGGCCGCUGGACCUGGCGCUAGUGACGUCACUGCUGGUGAACAAGCGGCGCGCGCUCACCGCCAUUGACGGCAGCGGCGGCGGCGGCCGUGGCAGGGUUAGGGGCUCGCUGCAGGGCGUGGCGGAGGAGGUGGAGCAGGAGGAGCAGGAGGAGGAGGCGGAGGGCCUGGGCGGUGCACGGGGCCGAACGCCGCAGCAGGCGGAGGUGGAGUGGACCGACGAUGAGGAGGAAGAAGAGGAGGAAGGGGAGGAGGAGGAAGAGGAGGAGGAGGAGGAGGAGGAGGAGGAGGAAGCAGAAGAGGAGGGGGCCGAGGAGGAGGAGGAGGAGGGAGAGCCGGCGGCUGUGGUGGAGGAGGAAGGCGCCAUGCCAACGCCGCCGCCGCAGGAGGCCCUGCUGCUGCUGCGGCACCAGGAGCAGGAGGAGGAGCAGGAGCAGGAGCAGGAGGAGGAGAUCCGCCGCGGGCUGGAGCACAUGCAGCUGCGGGCGCUGGCGGAGGAGGAGCCGCGGGAGCCGCGGGAGCCGCGAAAGCCGAAGGCGCCGGCGCAGGAAGCGCAGCAGGGGGAGAUUGCUCCGCAUGCAGGCGCUAUCAGCGGUGGUGGCAGUGGCAGUGACAGCGGCGCGGAUGGCAGCUUGCCAGCCGCCGUCCAGCAGCCGCAGCCGCCGCAAUCGUUGCCGCAAUCGCCGCCGCAGCUGCUGCAUUCGCCGCCGCAGCCGCAGCCGCCGCAACCGCUGUCGCAGCUGCUGCAUUCGCCGCCGCAGCCGCAGCCGCCGCAACCGCUGUCGCAGCUGCUGCAAUCGCCGCCGCAGCCGCAGCUGCUGCAAUCGCCGCCGCAGCCGCAGCUGCUGCAUUCGCCGCCGCUGUCGCAGCCGCCGCCGCCGCAGCCGCAGCUGCUGCAAUCGCCGCCGCAGCCGCAGCUGCUGCAAUCGCCGCCGCAGCCGCAGCUGCUGCAUUCGCCGCCGCUGUCGCAGCCGCCGCCGCCGCAGCCGCAGCUGCUGCAGGAGGUGCAGCUGCUGUGGGAGUCACCUCAGCAGUGCCAGCCCGCAGCGGGUAGCGACGGCGGCGGCGGCGGCGGCAGGACCCAGGCACACGACGCGGCGUGGCCUGCCGGCCCCUCCAGCGCCGGCGGCUCCCAGGCCCCCACCCCCACCAGCGCUGGCGACAGCUACCAGCGCGCAAGCAGCAGUGGCGGCACCGGCGGCAGCGGCGCCGGGGGCAAGCCCGGCGGCAGUGCCAGUCGCCUGUCUGGGUGGCUCAAGGGGUUGGUGAAGGGCCGCAGCGACAAGGACGAGUCGUCCAAGGGCUCAAAGGCCCCGAAGAGCCGCAAAUAAGGAGCGAGGUUGGCUGUGCACCGGCAUGCACCUGACAAGCACCGUGCGUAAUAAAGAAUCAAUAGUCGUGGUGACGCAACACAGCAAGCAUAACACGUCUAAGAUGUUCUGGCCCCCACAGGACGUCGGCUUGUUGAAUCAGCCCGAGCCCUUUGGGCGUAGUCUGGUCAGCAGCUCAGGUUUCAUCUGGGCGCGCUUUUUGGAUGCGUGCAAAAGUCAUAUGUGGCAUGCAACAUUUAAGAUGAGGGCCAAAUGCAUGCGUUUAAGAUUAUGAAGGUUAUAAGGAACGUUUGCGACGGUAUGGAAGAGGGGAGUUACACAGAGCGAUAGAGCUUGGAUGCAGGCCGGCAGGCAAUCAGGUGGCCGCACAGGCACAUAAAAUGCAACCAAGCAGCUGCGCAAGGCCAGAGCCAGGCAAAUGCCUGGACCGCCGAGUCGCACACGGAUACAAUGCUGCGGGCUACCGUACGGUAUUGAGGAUUGCUCUUACCGCAAUAGGUACUGCUUUGCCGUAACUGCCAUGACGCACCAGGGCAUACGCAUGUGUGAGGUGGCACGUGGGCAGCAGGCGGGCGGCAGGAAUGUUGCCGGUGUCAGUUUGGGUUGGAGGCGGUUGCUGAGUCUUUAGUAACACGCUCUUGACAGGUAGGCUCCUCCCCGGAUUGAUGGGUCACUCGCCUCGCCUCCACACGUGGCAAAAUGCUGCCUCUUCAGGGAACAGAUCCGGUUGCUACUUUCAGUUGAAGCAAAAAUGAGUAGCGCGCUUGAGGCGCAGAUGUGCAAAGCCGGAGCGUGACACUGCGUGUGAUUUUGAGAAGCACCAGGAGAGGGGAUUGACACUAGCAUGUGUGUGGCAAGCAUGUCUAGAGUCCAGCUGCCGCGUGAUGCGGUGAUGGUUAUCAAGGGCCACCGUGUGCCGUGUGCUCACUCAAAAUAACAACAUCGACGGCUAGGUUAAGCCCACAUGAGGACCUUCGCGCAUGUACAAUAUGCUCGCAUGAGCUCCCGGCUCAACUGCAUGCACACAAACUCAAAAAAGAAAGGUGGCAAUCCCGUGAUUGUGAAGGUCUCGGAGGCGGCAUUUAGAACUGUGUGGCUAAGCGAGCACGCAAGUGAGCCCAGGAAACCACUGGGGUGCCGAGGGGGUGCUUCGUCAGGGGGUCCGUCUGCAGGCGCUACAUCGGUGUUGUGACGAUCCUACAUGCUGCGGAGCCGGUGAGAGGCACACGCCCCCUCGGUGAUGGCCGCACGGUGCAAACAUUGGUGCAGGGAGCGAGGGAGCGAUACAGUAUUGCCGCAUGGUGUGCUCCGCCCGGGCGUGUGUCAUGGGAUGGGUUGGCGCAGUCCCGUAGUGUACAGCGUUUUCCCAGACCCCAACGUUCAAGUUGCCGCGUCAACGCAUGAGCGCGCGGCUGCUAUAACGUCGGAGGCUGAGUUGCUGGCAGGCUGGUCGUUUGUUGAUGCGCAUUCCGGGCGUGCGCGUUAGAGGAGUGUCCAGAGUUCAGACAUAACAAGUAAGCGUGCAGCACAUUGCGGACAAUGAAUUUCAUUGGUUUGUGAAAACAAGUUGCCGGAGGUGUGUGGGGCUUGCCUCCAGCAAUCUGGCAGUAGAGCGCCAGCGGUAUGUAACGCCGAAGUGCC